AUGGCAAUGGUGGAUGAUGCCGUGUCGUAUCAAAACAUGGCAAGCCUUAACAGUACAAAGACGGACCGGAAGAUUUUGAUUCAUGUAACCAGACUGUGGUUGUCUAUAUCUGUUGAAGAUGAAUCUUUUGAUUUUCUUGAUUCAAGGGCACAGGCACAGAGCAGUUUGAUAAAGCUAAGCUGGUGUAUUUCUCGAGGAGCUUUUCUUUUGAUUUAUGGUCUGGGUUUGAAGGACAGGCCUAUCUCGACGGCCUCAGUUGGUGUCAAAAGACUGGGAGACCUCGAUCACAAGCCAUUUGUGUCUGCUGCCAAGAUGAAAUAUCCUGCUGCUGAAGCUGAAGAGAAAGCAGGGGAAUUCAUUUCUCUGAUGGACUCCAAAAUUCGGGAGGGAGUUAUCAAUGAAGAAGAUGAUGGCAUCAAAGCAAUAAAGAAUGAGUGGGGUGAUGAAGUGUACAAAUCAGUGGUGACGGCAUUAAGAGAGUUGAAUGAGUACAACCCAGCUGGAAGAUGCCCUGUUCCCGAGUUGUGGAAUUUCAAAGCAGGAAGGAGGGCUACUUUAAGUGAGAGUGUAAAAUUCAUCCUAAGACUUUGGAAGACAAACAAGAGGAAGAGAACCUGAAGUACUGUACUCAGAUGAUUGGCACUCGGCUUCUUCUUCUUUUACCUGAUUUACCGUUGAGAGUACAGAAUUCAUACUAGUACUCAUCUAUUCUUUUUAAAUGAAUAUUGGUUAACGAAAUUGAAGCUAAUUAUGAUACUCUUCAAAGUUUCUGGUUGGAUUUUGGUUGAUGUUUUUCUAUACACAUAAUACUCUCAGAAACCUAGUGCUGCAUUUUUUGUUUCGACUUUGUGCUCCAGCAUAAAUUCAUACUAAUUUGGGUGUUUGGUUGUGGGUUUGUGGUUGUUGGAAAAGGGGCAUAUGAAUUUUCAUAUAU